UUGAGUGAACAUCGACUGUCUUUCUUGCGCAGCAAACGCAAGUGCUGCAGCAACAGACUCCCAACCAGUGCGCGAGGAGGACAGAGGGGUACUGUGACGACGAUUUUACCAAUGUCUCUUGAGAAUAUAACAUUAUACGGUCUCUAAACAUGACUUCGGUUUGGAAGAGACUUCAGCGUGUCGGCAAGAAAGCAUCGAAGUUCCAGUUUGCGGUGACUUUUCAAGAACUGACAGUAGAAUGCACGAAGAAAUGGCAGCCAGACAAACUGCGAGUAGUAUGGAGCAGGAGAAGCAGGAGAAACUGCACCAAGCUGCGUGGGUGGCAGCCUGGCAUCAAGAACCCCUACAGGGGCACGGUGGUGUGGCAUGUGCCCGAAAACCUGGACAUCACCGUCACACUCUUCAAGGACCCGACAGCGGAGGAAUUUGAAGACAAGAACUGGACAUUCAUCAUUGAGAAUGAAACUAACAAGGGCCACAGGAAGGUGCUGGCAUCAGUGGACGUCAACAUGAAGGAGUUUGCCAGCAUCACCCCUGCACAGUAUGACCUGACGCUGAAGCUCAUGCCCCUGUCUGUGAAGGUGGUGGAAGCCACACUCAAACUGACCUUGACCUGCGUCUUCCUCAAAGAGGGCAAGGCCACAGAUGAGGACAUGCAGAGUCUGGCCAGUCUGAUGAGCCUGAAGCAGAGUGACAUCGGCAACCUGGACGACUUCAACGAUAGUGACGAGGAGGAGGGCGAGUGGAGGGCCAGCAUCAGAGCCGGCAUGGGACCUGCCACUCCCGUCACAGAGUUUCAGAAGCAGUUGAGCACACUGACAGAGGAGGAAUACACCACUGCCACAACUCCCAACCGCACUGCUGGAAUGAUCAGUAUUGCCAAUCAGAGGCCAGACCCAUCAACAUCCACACUUGACCCAUUGGCUAAUCCCUUUGGGACAACAGUCCAUGAGAGAAUGCGGGGGGCAUUCUCAAUGUUUGGAGUGGAGGUUGUCCAGGCAAUGGCAGGGCAGCAGGGGGCAGCAGACGAGCCAACAACUCCUAAACGCAGACCUGUAAACUCUCAGGAAAUGGGUCUAGGCAGUGCUGCUUCCCCAGAAGGUUUCAUGGCCAGUCCUGGUCUGGUGACCUCCAGCCAGUCCCUACUGGAGUGGUGUCAGGAGGUCACCAAAGAACACAAGGGGGUCAAGAUCACCAACUUCAGCACGUCCUGGAGGAACGGCCUGGCCUUCUGUGCACUGCUACACCACUUCCACCCAGACAGGAUAAACUUUGAGAUGCUGGACCCUUAUGACAUCAAGCGCAACAACAAAAAGGCCUUUGACGGUUUCGCCGAGUUGGGCAUCUCUCGGCUGAUGGAGCCCUCGGACAUGGUCCUCCUGGCCGUGCCUGACCGCCUCAUCGUCAUGACCUACCUCAACCAGAUCCGCACCUACUUCACGGGCCAGGAGCUGAGUGUGCUGCACAUCGAGGCGGACAGCAGUGAGUCCAGUUACGGUGUGGCCGGGGAGAGCCGGGAGGGUCCCGACCCAGAGGCCGCCGCACGCUACUGUCAACGGAUCCAAGAUGAGGCCCUCACAAUGGAGACCAAUGUGGGCGCUGCAGAGAAGAAGGCGGAUAGUGACACUAAGGAGUGCACCAAUGGGGAAGUGGUCCCACCCCCUAGAACCAAACGGCUGCAGGCUGCAGGGGAAGCAGGAGGGGCCCAAGCACCCGUUGCACCCCCUAGGACACAUUUCUUAUCUGCCAAGUCUGGGUUCUCCCACCUAAAGGAUGCAGAUCUGGUUAAGAAACGCCGGUCACAACGCAGGUCAAUAGAUGAGGCAGACCCAGCCGAAGUUGCUACAGGACAGGAAGAGGGUGGAGCUGACAGAAGAAAAUCAGAAACCGGAAGGGCAGCUGGUGAAGAAGGACGAUCGGCUGAGGAGGACACCAGCCAGUAUGUGCUGAGGGAGAUGCAGGCCCUAGAGGCGGAACAGAAGCACAUUGACAGCAGGGCAGACAUCGUGGAAAGGACACUACGGCAACUUAUGGAGUCAGGUAGUGACAAGAUGCAGGAGGAGAAGCUGAUUCAGGAGUGGUUUACUCUGGUCAACAAGAAGAACGCCCUCAUCAGGAGACAAGACCAACUACAGCUACUGCAAGAAGAGCAGGACCUGGAAAUGAGGUUUGAGAUGCUGAACCGAGAGCUGAGAGACAUGAUGGCUAUUGAAGAGUGGCAGAACACAGCUGCCCACAAGCACAGGGAGCAGCUGCUACUGCAGGAGCUGGUGUCUCUGGUCAACCUGAGGGACGAGCUGGUCCACGACAUGGACGCCAAGGAGAAAGGGGCUCUGGAGGAGGACGAGAGGCUGGAGAGAGGCCUGGAGCAGAGACGCAGGAAGUACAGCAAGAAAAGCAAGCAGGAGAAGUGUGUGCUGCAGUGAGGCCUGGCGUCGGACACACCUGAACCAGGAAGCCCAGUAGAAGGUCACACCUGAACCAGGAAGCCCAGUGGAAGGUCACACCUGAAACAGGAAGCCCAGUAGAAGGUCACACCUGAACAAGGAAGACCAGUGGAAGGUCACACCUGAACCAGGAAGCCCAGUGGAAAGUCACACCUGAACCAGGAAGCCCAGUGGAAGGUCACACCUGAAACAGGAAGCCAAGUGGAAGGUCACACCUGAACCAGGAAGCCCAGUGGAAGGUCACCUGGGUGCACAUUGGGACUAAAGUUGUAUGUGUCUGUAUCAUGACAUCAACACUGCAUGGAAGAGACUGAGAGCUGUGUUAUGUGACUGCACUAAGAGGACGUAAAACGAUGUUCACUCACCCCCCUCUCCAUGAUAUGACUAAGCCUCAACGCAACCUAUGACUGGUUAUCAACAGUCACCCUGCUCUUCAGAUUGUGUUUUGAUUUUUUUGUGUGAGUGUACGUGUGUUUAUAUGUGUGCGUUGAUGUGUGUGUUUGUUUGUGUGUGUGAUUGAGAGUGCAAAAGAGGACUACACUUUGUUACACAAUCUAUGACUACAGUUGAAGUCGGAAGUUUACAUACACCUUAACCAAAUACAUUUAAACUCAGAUUUUCACAAUUCCUGA